AGCUCACGUCCCGUCUUCCACAUGCAUCACUGACUGCUCGAACCAUGGAUCCUCUUCGGGCGACGACGACAGCGAACGCUCGUAGUCCGUCGCCAGCAAUACCUGGUGCAUGGCCUGCGACGCCGCUGCACAAACGCUCUCUUACUUGUCCGGUUCCGACCCAGUCCAACGCCCAGCCUCAGCAUGUACCGGCGUCUGCGACGUUGCCCGAGCCUCUGCAUCUCGACCGCGUUUUGAACUUUCAUCAAAGGCUCUCUUUGGCUCUGUCUGAACCUAAUAACAACACCAAGAAACAUGCCUCUUUUACUGUUACUCCAUCCUGCCCCAAUGCAUCGCCAUCUAUGCCAUCAGAUGACUCGGAUUUGACGAAAUACAAUCCAAAUGAUACUUCACUCUCUGUGGUGGACACUUCAGUUGCUACUUCCCGCACUUCACCUAUGACCCCAGAUCGCGUCCUGUUCAAAUCGCUGGAAGAAUCGUCGCCCUCGCCUCAAAUGAACGACAACGUGCGCAUACAUGGACAGAAAACCCGGAAUCAUGCUCAUAGCUCUGAGCCAAAUCAUAUAUUCGGUGAAAGCAGCCCUGCUGGUCCUAGUACAUCAUUCCCUAGUCCAGGCAUGCUGGCUAAUUCAUCUUUUUCAUCGUCUCCCUGCCCGUCACCGACCUCGCCAAUGGUGUUCAACUCCCCGAGCCCAUCUAUCCUCCCUCCUCGAAGUAGAACCCGUACGAGCUCUUCUCAGGCCUCUUAUGACCACCUCAGUUCACUUUCUUGCAUCACGUCCUCUGAAGAAGACUUUGGCGUUGUACGUACAUAUGAACCUUCCCGAUCUUUGUCGCCAAGUCCAUCAUCCCACGCUUCAUGGUAUAAUCAAGCACUAAGGAUGCCCGUGCUCUAUACACCAGACCGCGUCUCUCCCUCAGUGGAAGAACUUGCUCCACCUACUAUACCUAUGCUAACAGGCCUUUCCCUUCCUGGAACCCCAGACGACAGUCUGAGCAUAGACGGCAACCCUGUUUCGAAUAGCUUCCUCGCUUCGCCUCGAUCCGACGUAAACGAGCCCGAAUGGACUCUUGCAUUGUCUGCAGCGACUCCUACUCCCACUGCUUCUGUUUCCGUACAUGACACAUCACCAUCUUUAUCUCUGUCACCAACGUCAUCAUUCAGAGCGCAAUUAAACCUAGAUGCGGCUGAACAUGUCCUUAGUUUUCCUUCUCAUAAUCCCUCAUCAGCCGGUGCUUCCGUAGAGCCGUCUCCAACCAUUGGAAUGUCAGAGACCGGUUCCCUGGAAACUAGUGCCGCGGAGUACGCUGCAGCCGUCAUGUCCUCUGUAUGGAGCUCCCACAACCCUUCCCUUGAACCCAUUGUCAUCGAGACUACCACCAGGGUCGAACUGUCGGACGAUAAUCGUCGUACGCGUAGUGUUGCAUCAGACAGGCCUGCUCGUGCAGGGUCUCGCCAGUCAUGGAAUAAGAAACGAGAGAUACUGCUCAAAGUGAAGAUGUUUGGAGGGAGGGUGAAGCAAUUGUUGGCUCGGGGAGUUGGACGUGAAGAACGUAGGAAAGAACUUCCUAGACCUCAUAGUGCUCCUUCAAUGCGGACACCUUCACCUCCUGGCGUCCCAUCUCUUGACCUUGGUGAUGACGUUCAUCCGCUGGAACGAGGGUCAAGCGAGGAAGGAAAUCAUCGCAUUCGUAGACCGCGUCCCAGUUUGACCACACAUACCUAUACACCAGUGAACACCGGUACUUCUGAUCCAAGUACCUCGCCUCCUUCCAUUCGUGUUUUGCCACCCAGUGCUCCUACGACCCCAUAUACAAAUGACCGCGCUGUACCCAAAUCUGAAUCGGACGUCGUUGCGAACGCUCAAAUUGCAAUGCAUGCUCGUCCCAAAACACUAGCCGAAAUCAAGUCUGGCCGCCGUUUUUCUCUGUCUGCGAUCACCCGUCUCACCCGUCUCUCUUCCCCACCCUCGGCGUCUUCAGUCCUUAUAUCUCCGCCCAGGCGGCGACGCCCUGUUUCUGCCCUUGCUUUGCCAUCGAGGAGACCGGACAGUUUCCAGUUCGACGUCCAGAAUGUGUCUUUACGGGACUCCGAUGUUCAAGGUCCAGUGAUUCGCUCAGGGCGGCGAAGCGUCCCUACAAGCUUACGUCCUCCUCCUGGUUUAGAUAUUCCAUCCACAAGGGGAGCAACACCCAGUCCUGAACCUGUGGCUGGACCAUCUCGUGUUCGUUUUUCACUGGACGUAGAGAAAACGAAGAAGAAUACCCGUCGCCGCUUUUCCUUGUCUGCCCUCUCUACUUUUGCUGCUGGAUUGAAAGGAGAGGGUUCGUGGACUAGACACCAGUCAAAUGAGCAUUGAUAAUGCUGCUUCGUCGGAAUACAUGGAAUUAAAAGUACGGCACAUUCUAGAUAUCCAAGUCCUCGUCAGGAUCAUCGUCGUCAAUGUCAUCAGCAGAAUCUGGAUCGUAUAAGAUAGACCCGGCCGUUGGUGCUGGUGUCUCAAGCGCUUUACCUAAGGACAAGUGAACAUAAUGUUGCAUGCCAUAAAAUAUGGGUGUACCUUCAUGAGCGUAUGGCAAA